AAGGUCAUUUCGGUAAUUCAGAACCAGCACACCAUCCUAACAACCCGAUACCAGUGCCACAGUCACAGAAAAACCCGUCAACUACCGCAACGAACUCCGUCGAUGUCCUCCGCCAUCAUUUUCGGCGGAGCAACCGCCACUAAACCACCAACAUUACCCAAAAACCACCGCACCAUACUCUCCAACUUCCACUCUCCCAAGCUCAACCUCACCCGUUCACCAUUUCCGAAUAAAAUCCAAUUUCCCAAUGGCGGCUCUACCUCUCUCCGCUCCCUUCUCCGCCUCCGUGUUUCUUCCAACGACGCUCAGUUCAACUCACUUCCCGAAAACAACCACCAACACCAACAACAACAACUUCAACCGAGUUUCACUGAGUUCAUCACUUCUGAACGAGUCAAAGUGGUGGCGAUGCUCGCUUUGGCUCUUGCUCUCUGUAACGCUGAUCGUGUAGUUAUGUCUGUUGCCAUUGUUCCUUUAUCUGUUGCUAAUGGUUGGACUCGCGCUUUCUCUGGAAUUGUUCAGUCUUCUUUUCUGUGGGGGUAUUUGCUUUCACCUAUAGGUGGAGGAAUGUUGGUGGAUAACUAUGGUGGCAAAGUGGUAAUGGCUUGGGGUGUGGCAUUGUGGUCACUUGCUACUUUUCUUACUCCCUUCGCUGCAGAGACUUCUCUUUUGGCUUUACUUGCCGUCCGUGCUUUGCUUGGUCUGGCUGAAGGUGUGGCUCUUCCUUGCAUGAAUAACAUGGUGGCCAGAUGGUUUCCUCAAACUGAACGGGCAAGGGCUGUUGGAAUUUCGAUGGCUGGAUUUCAGCUUGGAUGUGCGAUAGGGCUCACACUUUCUCCCAUUCUCAUGUCGCAAGGCGGUAUAUUUGGCCCGUUUGUGAUUUUUGGUUUGUCUGGGUUUCUUUGGGUGUUGGUCUGGUUGUCAGCGACAUCAAGCACUCCUGACCGAAGUCCUCAGAUAUCAAAAUAUGAGCUGGAGUAUAUAUUGAAUAAAAGACAAACAUCUUUUCCGGUGGAGGCAAAGAAAGUUAAUGUCGUCCCUCCUUUCAGACGCUUACUUUCAAAGAUGCCAACAUGGUCUCUAAUCGCUGCAAAUGCCAUGCAUAGCUGGGGGUUUUUUGUUGUUCUUUCUUGGAUGCCCAUAUACUUCAACUCAGUAUAUCAUGUGGAUCUCAGGCAGGCAGCUUGGUUUAGUGCUGUUCCAUGGGUUGUGAUGGCUAUCAUGAACUACCUUGCUGGCUUUUGGUCAGAUAUGAUGAUACAAAGUGGUACAAGUGUUACAUUGACUCGUAAGAUUAUGCAGUCCAUUGGUUUUGUUGGUCCUGGAGUUAGCCUCAUUGGUUUAGCUACUGCAAGGAACCCCUCUGUUGCUUCUGCUUGGCUAACAUUAGCCUUUGGCUUGAAAUCCUUUGGUCACUCUGGAUUUCUCGUGAACUUUCAGGAGAUCGCACCACAGUAUUCUGGUGUUAUACACGGAAUGGCAAAUACUGCUGGAACACUUGCUGCUAUAAUUGGAACAGUUGGAGCUGGCUUUUUUGUUGAGCUAGUUGGUUCAUUCCGAGGAUUUUUGUUGCUUACAUCAGUCCUAUAUUUUCUUGCUGCCCUUUUCUACUGCCUAUACUCUACAGGAGAAAGAGUAAAUUUUGAUGAUCCUGUUGGUUGACUGGUACCGGAAGCUAAAUAGAGUACAAUUGUACAGCUCGAUUACUUGUAUAUGAGAGGAGGUUAAAGUGACAAAUGACAGAGAUAUUUUACAUUUUCUAACUGUCAUGUUCUGUUGUAUAAGAGACACCAGCCAUCUAUAUUGAGUGUAAAAUUGAUGUAUUAGUUUUUUUCUUUUUUUUUCAUGUACAUUGAAGGUCUCUUCUACUUCCAUUUGGACUUUUUGGUAUUCUAACCCGUAGAGAACGUAUUAAAAGAAUAGUUCUUAUUGUUACGACUUACAAAAGAAAUUUCGCAAGAACUGCAAGAAUCUUAUGUGACAACAUGUAACACUUGCAAAUAAUAACUACUUUCUCUUCCA